AAAGGAGGCCCCACGAUGCAGAAGGCCAGUGACAUGUCUGUUACACCAUGCAGGAAACCUUACCAUGGCUCCAGAGCUGCCCCUAAAACAAGACUAGAGGCAAAACCAGCCAGCAGCCCCUUCCUUUCCCAUCCCAGCCUGGCCCAGAUCACCCAGUUCCGAAUGAUGGUGCCCCUGGGACCCUUAGCCAAAGGAGCCAGCCUGGACGACCUCAUCGACAGCUGCAUUCAGUCUUUUGAUGCCGAUGGAAACCUGUGUCGAAGUAACCAACUGCUACAAGUCAUGCUGACCAUGCACCGCAUCGUCAUCUCCUCUGCGGAACUGCUCCAGAAAGUUGUGACCCUCUAUAAGGGUGCCUUGGCAAAGAAUUCACCAGGAGUCUGUCUGAAGAUCUGCUAUUUUGUCAGGUAUUGGAUAACAGAAUUCUGGAUCAUGUUUAAAAUGGAUGCCAGCUUGACAAGCACUAUGGAGGAGUUCCAGGAACUGGUGAAAGCUAAGGGGGAGGAGUCACACUGCCGCCUGAUCGAUACCACUCAAAUCAAUGCUCGUGACUGGUCCAGAAAACUUACUCAAAGGAUAAAAUCAAAUACCAGCAAGAAACGGAAAGUCUCUCUGCUCUUUGACCAUCUGGAACCAGAGGAGCUAUCUGAGCAUCUCACCUACCUGGAGUUCAAGUCCUUUCGGAGGAUAUCUUUCUCUGAUUAUCAAAAUUACCUUGUAAAUAGCUGUGUGAAGGAAAACCCCACCAUGGAGCGAUCCAUUGCCUUGUGCAAUGGCAUCUCCCAGUGGGUGCAACUGAUGGUUCUCAGCCGCCCCACGCCGCAGCUCAGGGCAGAAGUCUUCAUCAAGUUCAUCCACGUGGCUCAGAAGCUUCAUCAACUGCAGAACUUUAAUACGCUGAUGGCCGUGAUAGGAGGGCUGUGUCACAGCUCCAUCUCUAGGCUCAAGGAGACAAGCUCACACGUCCCGCAUGAAAUCAAUAAGGUUCUCGGUGAGAUGACCGAGCUGCUCUCCUCCUGCAGAAACUAUGACAACUACCGGCGAGCCUAUGGGGAAUGCACCCACUUCAAGAUCCCCAUCCUAGGGGUGCACCUAAAAGAUCUCAUUUCCCUCUACGAAGCCAUGCCCGACUACCUGGAGGACGGGAAGGUGAAUGUCCACAAGUUGCUGGCCCUUUACAAUCAUAUUAAUGAGCUGGUCCAGCUACAGGAGGUGGCCCCGCCACUGGAGGCCAACAAGGACUUGGUGCACCUGCUGACGUUAUCCCUGGAUCUCUACUAUACUGAAGAUGAAAUCUACGAGCUCUCCUAUGCCCGGGAGCCAAGGAACCACAGAGCCCCGCCAUUAACACCUUCCAAGCCACCAGUAGUAGUGGACUGGGCCUCCGGAGUCUCACCCAAACCCGACCCAAAGACCAUCAGCAAACAUGUACAGAGGAUGGUGGACUCUGUCUUUAAGAACUACGAUCACGACCAGGAUGGAUACAUUUCUCAGGAAGAAUUUGAAAAGAUUGCUGCAAGUUUCCCAUUUUCCUUCUGUGUGAUGGACAAAGACAGGGAAGGCCUCAUCAGUAGGGACGAGAUCACAGCCUACUUCAUGAGGGCCAGCUCCAUCUACUCUAAACUGGGCCUGGGAUUUCCUCACAACUUCCAAGAGACCACCUACCUGAAGCCCACUUUCUGUGAUAACUGUGCUGGAUUUCUCUGGGGUGUGAUCAAACAAGGAUAUCGAUGUAAAGAUUGUGGGAUGAACUGUCACAAACAAUGCAAAGAUUUGGUGGUGUUUGAGUGCAAGAAGCGAACCAAGAACCCAGCAGCUCCCAUGGAGAAUACCACCUCAGUAGCACCAACAUCCAACCUUUGCUCACUGGGAGCCAGAGAUCUGCUCCAUGCACCCGAGGAAGGAUCAUUUACAUUCCUGAAUGGGGAGGCUGUGGAACACAGUGAGGAGAGUAAGGAUCGGACCAUCGUGCUGAUGGGAGUGUCCUCACAGAAGAUUUCUGUUCGGCUUAAAAGGACUGUUGCCCACAAGACCACACAGACCGAAUUGCUGCCUUGGCUUGGCAGUGAGGGCCCUUCCAGUCACUUUGUGCUGUCCUCUCCAAGGAAGACAGCCCAGGAUACCCUUUAUGUACUUCCCAGCCCCACAUCACCAUGCCCCAGUCCAGUGUUGGUCAGAAAGCGGGCGUUUGUCAAGUGGGAGAAUAAAGAAUCUCUCAUAAAAUCAAAAGAAGACCUCCGUCAUCUCAGACUCCCAACGUACCAAGAGCUGGAACAGGAAAUAAAUGCCCUGAAAGCAGACAAUGAUGCCCUAAAGAUCCAACUAAAAUAUGCACAGAAGAAAAUAGAAUCCCUUCAGCUUGCAAAAAGCAAUCACAUCUUAGCACAGAUGGAAGAGAGUGACUGUUCUUAGCCAAAAAUUCAAGGAGCACAAUCUGUGGAUGAGUACACCAGGGCUCUCCUUUCCUAAGCCGAUGAACCGAGACUGGGCAACUGUAGGUGGACUGUCUUUUUAAACGGAGUACUUUAAAAGAGAAAAGCCAGUUACUGUUUUGUUUUUUAAACCUACAGACUCCUAAUGUGCAGUAUUGUUUUCUCUUUCAGUCAGCUGAAGGAUGCAAAACUUCACAUACUGAUUUUCUUUCUAGAAAAGUGUGCUAAAACAUGUCUAGUUUCCUAACAAGGUAGUGUGUCAUAGGGCCUGCUUGACUGAUUCUUAAAACUAAAAUUCCUGGAAAAUGAAUUAUUUUCUCUAUGUUUUCUACAAACUGAGGGAUUUCCUUUGUUCCACAAAGCUUACUGAUAAUGAAAAAAUACCCAUAUUCCAAAAGUAGAUGGACUUGUAAGUCCCAGCAUUCUGUGAAUCUGGCUCCCACUUCACUACCUCAGAUCUCAUCAAUUAGCCUUUCUCCUCCUCCGUCUCUAUGUCACACACGAGCGUCUAGAGAUGCGGCCUGGCUGCUUACUGGUCUAUUAAACGUGACAUUAUCCAGACACAAAUCAAUUAGUUCUAGUCUUAGUCAUCACAAAAUAAACCUGGUACCUGGAAACAGUUGUUACCAUCUCACACAUGACUUGCUAAUUAGCUAAAGUAAUUGUAGACAUGUCUGUCCUCAUUCUAGAGAACAGAAUUAGGAAUUCAUGGUUCUUUUAAAAAGCAAGUCUGUGAAGAGUAACUCAUGUUUAACCUUUUUUAAACUAUUUUUAAAAUUGUUUUGAACUGAUUUUGUCUUAAACUGUCUUCACUAUUACUACUACUUAGAAAUAAGCUAAUUGGAUCAGCAGUGUAAAUAGCAGCUGACAGCAUGUACAUAUGUAUAUAGUAUAUGUAUAUAAAACAGCAGGCAUGCAUGUGGUUUGGAUCUGUCUCCAUAAAAUGUGGAGAUGAGUUACAACACUUUUAGACACUCAUACAAAUACAUAGUUCUGUUACAAAAUGGAGAACUUGCUUAUAAAUUGUAUUUAGUAAAAGCACAAGUAGCAAGUCUUAUGUGUAUUCUAGUCUGGAAGUUAAUAAUGAAUGAGCUCAGUUGGUGGCCUGGGAAAUUCACAAACUCUAUUGUCAGCCACUAAAAUCACUUUCUUUUGCAGGGGGAACUUAAGUUUCCAUACUUGGAAAAUCUGGUACCAGUUAAUUUAUAAUUCAUAUACAAACUGUCCAGCUGCCAGGAAUAUAACCCUAAUUAAAAGUUUCAAAUCUAGGGCCAGGGAUUUAGCUCAGUGGUUCUGGUACCUGCCUAGCAAGCACAAAGGCCGGAGUUCAAUCCCUGGUACCAAAAAAAAAAAAAACAAAAAAAAGUUUCAAAUCUAAUGCCAAAGCACCAUGCCUUCAUAAGAAUAACAAAGUAUAUGUACAGUAUUACCUAUUUGCAAUUUAAUAAGAUUUUUGAUGAAAGAUUACUUCCCAUUUGCAUACUUUUUGUAGUAAGUUUUCAGUGACCCAGAACUUAGAAAUGUUUUAAAGAAUCACUUCACAUAUAAAUUUAUUCUUUUUGUAAAUCCAAACUCAGAAAUCCUCAAAGCAGGGCUGCUUAGGCCCACCACCUGGAAUACAGACUCUGUCAGCACUGUAACUAGAUUUACAUGGAAUAAAUAUGAGCUUAUGACAAAGGUUCAAAUUCAGAUUCUUCAGCAUUUUCCUGCGACAGACUACAGGGUAUAGCUCAAUUUCAAAGAAUAUAUAAAUUUGCUCACACUCUCCACCCAAAAUAAAGACCUCAAACUAGUUUUUAUGUAAAUAAAUCUAUAAUAUAUAGAAUUUCAAAAGGUCAGUUCCUUUAAAUUUUCACGAUUAGACAAUCUCAGGCACUGCAGAAUAUAUCACUGAAGUGAAUACAAGGCCAAAGUUUCAUCGUGUUUUAAAAUACAGCAAGAGCAAAAGAAUAUGUUAUCUUAUUAUUUACACUGAGCUAUGGUAGCUAGUGAAAUCUACAGAAAUAAUCUAACAACAUAUUGACCUGAAAUAAUUUGGGGCAGAUAUUUAUCUGCCAAGACAAGGACAAAUCAUGUUUUAUUAACAAUGUCACUUCUCAUUUUCUCUGGUAAUUCUCACCUUUUUACUGACCAUUUGUGAAUCUGUCUUAUGGUAUAUAAAUGUAAAAGGAAUGCAAGAAAAAAAUGUACAGACUGUAGAUUUUUUGAUACUUAAUGUAAGUUUUUGUGUUAAUAUUUAUAUGAUAAAGACAUUAGGAUCCCAAAACACGUCUUGUGUUUCUUCUUUAUCUGCAUGAAUAUGUACAAAGCUCACCUGAAAUUUUACUAUUAUUUAUGUACGGACUACUUUUCUGUUCUGUUAGUUUUGUCCUGGAAG